AUGCAAGACAAAGGCGGCGAUACUGGUGUGCAGCAGGUGGGCCACGGGGAGGUUCGCAGUUGUCGUACACCAGGCUGGGAGAAGGAAAUCGGCGGCGUCGACGACCGAGGGUUCGAGGCAGGGCUUGAAGUAGAGGUCCUCGGCGAUGGUGAACGUCAGGUAAGACGAGGUGGUGAGGAGGGAAAGAACGCGGAUGAAGACGAGGGAUAUCAUUUCACUCAACUUUGCCAGAUUAUUGACUAG